AUGAUGGACUCUUCCACGAGGAAACCUCGUACACUUGUUUUGUGCUUUGAUGGAACCUCUAACGAAUAUGAUGAAGAUAAUACGAACGUGGUGAAGUUGUUCGCACUGCUGAAGAAGGAUGCUACCGAUGAGCAGCUGUGCUAUUAUCAGUCCGGCGUUGGCACUUGGUUUCAGCCUGGUGUUGUUUCGCCACUUUUCAAUUGGGGAGCGAAGAUCUUGGAUCUCGCUUUCGCUUGGUAUAUGGACGCCCAUGUUCUCGAGGGCUAUAAGUUUUUGAUGCAGAACUACCGAGCGGGGGACAAGAUCUGUAUUUUUGGUUUCUCUAGAGGUGCAUAUACUGCGAGAGCGUUGGCUGGUUUCCUUUACAAGUGUGGCCUCCUUCCUCGCGACAAUGACUCCCAAAUGCCGUUCGCCUACAAGCUCUAUAAGCGCACAGAUACAGCGGGGCUUCAGCUCUGUGCAGGAUUUAAGCAAACUUAUUGCCGUAAUAUCACAGUCGAAUUCGUCGGCGUCUGGGAUACGGUAGCCAGUGUCGGCGUCCUCGCCGGUCGCACUCUUCCAUUCACCAACGCAAACCGGGGAAUCAAGACCUUCCGACAUGCGUUAUCCCUUGACGAGCACCGGGCAAAGUUCAGACCAAACUUCUACCACCGGCCUGUACAUACCGAAGCGCUCGCCGCGGAAGAACGCGCCCAGGAAGAAGCCGUGGAGAAAGGGGUCGUGGAAGCAUUAGAUGAGUUCGAUAAAGCGUCGUCCUCUUCUGCGGCUGGGUCCAUCGACAAGAAGAAGCGUUUUUCAGGUCGAAGUGUCCCUUUCAGGAAGAAGACCGUGGAAAGGAAGGCUACUGGAAAGUCAUUUGCACCCGAGCUGGAGGACGAAAUUAUCCCCGCAGAUGUUUUGGAAGUUUGGUUUUCUGGGUGCCACGGCGACGUUGGAGGAGGCUCUGUACCCAACAGCGCCUUCGAAUCUCUCGCCAACAUCAGUUUGAGGUGGAUGGUGCGCGAGGUGAUCGCAUCUAGGUGCGGUGUGUUGUUUGAUCCUGCGUCCCUUGCUCGCGCUCGAAUCGAUAUCUCCCCCGAACGCACUCCGCAUGAAAUGGAAAUGGAUGAUAAAGAUUCCUUGGAGCCUAUUGACGACGAAUUGGUCAAGACAAAGAUGUGGUGGGUCUUGGAAAUAUUACCGUUGCAUUUUACAUGGCAGGAUGCGGAUGGAAAUUGGCACACGGAUUUUGGUUGCCACAUGGGAAGGGGGCGACGUAUUGUGGACCCUCACCCGAAUUUCCAUGUGACGGUCCAGAAACGUAUGAAGAGCGCCCUAAAAUAUAAACCUAAGGCGGCUUGGACGGCGGGGACGGAAGUAUACGUUCAUUGA